UUUUAAUUAUUUCCAAAUUUUUACAAGCAUAGAUAAAAAAGUUUAUUAAUCUGGGCUCCAUUUUAGCUUAACUUCCGUUCAGCGAAAAUUAUCACCUUGUUUUUGGUAACACGCUUUUACUAUAUAAAUGUAUUCCGACAAUCUCUAAACAUCAUAAAAAUUUUGCCGGUUUAUAAGUUAUUUCAUACAAAAAUGGAAUACAGAAUCAACGUGAACAACAAAUUUGCUGCUAUUGAGGCAGAUGACGAUAACGAAGCCGAUCCAAUCGAAGCUUUGAUGAAGCUUCAGGAGCAACUGAUUCUCUCGAAAAAGACGGCCGCUACAGCUAAGAAGCCCGCUGUUGGAGUGACCAAAAAGAAUAUUUCCUCUACGGUUGCGUCGAAGAAUGAUAAAAACUUUCAAAAGAGCAACUCGGGUGCUGCCAAGCCUGGCAAUGCACGAACGGCUGUUGCAACUACAAACAAUGCCACAUCCAAAUCAUCACCUUCCAGGCCGCAAGUCAAUAAGUUCUCUGAAAGACCACCUAGAUUUGCAGAAAAUGUUUCAAGUGGAAUGAAUGAAGCGAAGCCUUUUGAAUCAUGGGGAGGUGAAGCAAAGCCUGACAGAGAUGAACCUUUUAGAGGGAGAGGUGGUUAUCGCAGAGGUGGAUACAACAGAGGUGGCAGAGGGGGUCAUGAUGGACUGGAUAGAAACGUGAAGAGAGAAUUCGACAGACAUAGCGGCAGCGAUAAGAGUGGAUUAAAACCUCAUGAAAAAAGAGAGGGAGGUGGUGCCCACAAUUGGGGAUCUGUAAAAGAUGACAUUGCUGACCACAUGAACAAUGCUGGGGUUUCUGAUCUGACUGACACUAACAGGAGUGACCCAACGGAGGAGAAUGUGCUGCCUGAUCAGCCAGUAGUCGAUGGUGAGGCAGAAGUUAAGAAAGAACCGGAGGAAAAGCAACUCACUUUAGAUGAAUGGAAAAAAUUGGAGGAUGAGAAGAGAGUGAAAUCUCAGUUCAACAUUCGCAAGGCUAAUGAAGGAUGUUCGGAUCCCAAGUGGAACAAGAUGUUUGUUCUUAAGAAGAAGGAGGAUGAUGAGGAAGAAGAAUACGAAGAGGAAGAUGAUGAUGAUAGUGGCUUUGAUGGGAAGAAAUCUAAGAAUGUGGUGCCUAUCAGAAUCACAUUCAAUGAUGCACGUAGAGGAAAUAGAGGACGAGGUGGGAGAGGAGGUCCAGGAGGAUCGAGAAGAAAUGAUGGCGAUGUGAUGGAAAAGAAGAAAACAAAGGAAGCGCCUGCUCCAAAUGUUGCAGAUGAGAAAGAUUUUCCCAGCCUUUCGUGAUGCUCAUGUGAAUAUGAUGACUUGCAUGCAUCUUGUGUCAUAAAAUACUUUUGUAACCUGUAUAGCUGUUUAAAACAACAAUAUGUUUAAAUUAUUGAUAUGUUUUGGUUACAAUUGCAUGCAUCUAACAUUGUAUUACACGUUUUUGUGGUGUUUAAAUUUUACGAGAUGUGUAAAUUGCUAAAGUCUUGAAAUAGGUUGAUUUAAAUAAACGUAUGUGUGUUUGGAAAUAUGUUGUUUCUAAAACUGAUCGGUAGUUUGGUAGCUAAAUUAGUCGAAUUCUCAGUCGAAUAAGCUGUAUGGUCAAGUUUAACAAGUGUUAUUUCUUUGAUUGGCGGUAUAAAUCGAGAAUAUUUUUUAUUUAUUAAAUCUUGUUGAGGUGUGUAAAUGAUUUUUAAACAUGCAGAAACUGUUUCAGUUCUUGUUUUGUUUAAAUUUUUUACUUUUUCAUUAUUUACAAAAUUAAGUUUUAUAUUUUAAUAAACAAUGAAAGACCGA